UCCUUCUCAGCCACAUUCACCGCAUACCCUCCACUGUCGCCUGCUACGCCGACCUAUACUCUCGACGGUUGCGCACUUGACCACCCGCUCUCACCACCUCACCUCGACCCUCACUAGCCGCACCACCGACACCCCACUCCUGAUUGCCCGCCAUGGUGGUCGAUACCGCCUACUACGACGCGCUCGGCGUCCCACCUACUGCGACAGAAAUCGAGAUCAAGAAGGCGUACCGCAAGCAGGCGAUUAAGCUCCAUCCAGAUAAGAAUCCCGACGACCCCACCGCGCACGAGAAAUUCCAGGCUGUUGGUGAAGCGUACCAAGUCUUGAGCGAUCCCGACCUCCGCAGGCAAUAUGACAAACUCGGAAAGGAGGGCGCAAAGCCUGACUCUGGCUUUGAGGACCCGGCCGAGUUCUUCACCAUGAUCUUCGGUGGUGAGACAUUUGUGGACUGGAUUGGUGAGAUUUCAAUGAUGAAAGAUCUUACAAAGAGCAUGGAGAUUUCGAUGCGAGAGGAGGAGGAAGCGGCUGCUGCAGGUGAGGCUGCUGAGAAGACACCCGAGGGCGCCGCCGCUGCUGGGACGACUCCUGCUGGGACUACGGCCGCCGCCGGCACCACAGUUCCACCGCCAGCCUCCGCCGAGACUCCUCCAGCCUCGGGCGCAUCCACUCCUCGCCCACAAGGUGUUCCCACCAGACUCGCCAUCACAGACCAGACUGAGGCGGACGCCGCUGCAGCUGCUGCAGGUAUGACCGAGGAAGAGAAGAACUUGCGUGAAAAGGAGAAGCGCAAGGGCGGUCUCACCAAGGAACAGCGCGAGGAGCUUCACGCAUUCGAACUUGAGCGCAAGAAGAUCCGAGACGAGCGUGUCGAUACUCUUUCGAAGAAGCUCAUCGAUCGUGUCAGCGUGUGGACGGAGACCGACAAGCGACCCGAAGUCACCGACUCGUUCCGCGAGAAGAUGCGCCUGGAAGUGGAGAACAUGAAGAUGGAGUCGUUCGGCAUUGAGAUCCUCCACGCCAUCGGUCAGACCUACGUCAGCAAGGCUGCCACAUUCAUCAAAUCACAAAAGCCACUCAUUGGUGGAGUCAGCGGGUUCUUCUCGCGUCUCAAGGACAAGGGCAACAUGAUCAAGGAUACCUGGGGUACCGUCAGCAGUGCCAUCAGCGCGCAGAUGGAGAUUGAGGAGAUGGCUAAGGCCGAGGAGAAGGGCGGUGAUGACUGGACGGAUGAGAAGCGUGCUGAGUAUGAGAAGCGCGUGACCGGAAAGAUCCUCGCCGCGGCAUGGAGAGGGAGCAGAUUUGAGAUCCAGAGUGUGCUGCGCGAUGUGUGCGACAAAGUGCUUUACGACAAGACGGUCAAGAUCGAGAAGCGGAUAGAGCGUGCGCACGCUUUGAUCAUCAUCGGAGAGAUGUUUGCGAAGGCUGAACGCGACCCCGACGAAGAAGGCGACUUCAUGGCCUUCGAGCAACUCAUGGCCGAAGCAACCGCCAAACGCGAGCGUAAAUCCGACAAGAAGGAGGACACCAAACAUGAGAAGAAGCACCGCUUCGGUGGUGGUCACCACGAGUCCACUCCCGCUGCUUCUGGCGAGAAGACGACGCCCGCGACGAGCUAGGCGCUCCCACGGAACCGAUCGACUUCCCUCAAUAGCGUGGGUGGACUCGAUGGUACGGGAUUGGCUGCGCCGCCGAGUAGUCCCGAACUGUGUGCUAUGGGGAAGGAGCCGCCGCAUCCCAGGAGUGCGACUGGGGGAUUGAGAAUGUCCGCUGCGCACCCACCCGAUCCCAAGGAUCUCUCCGCUUCACUCGACAACAUCGCUGCUCAGACUGCGCAUACGACUUCCCCACUCAGCUGCAGUCCUCCGUCGCAGGAUCAAAUUCUACAACCCCCUCCUCGUCUUUCAACCAGUCAACUCCCCCACGACCGCCACAAGCAUCAGCAAGACGCGUCCUCAAAACCGCUCAUCCGCGUAGUGCCCUGUCAAUCACAAGAUUCAACGAUUCCAGCCGAACAGAGUAGCACCUGGCGCAGAGCCUACGUCGAGCACGAAGAGGACGCAGACGAGGGUUUGACCAUGCGGCAGCGUCGGGCGGAGUCGCCCCGUUUUCUUUG